AAGUAGGCGGGGUGUCAAAGAGUGUGAGGAAGAGGGUGGCGGUGGUGGCUGUGACUGAACGGAGCCCGGUGACAGGAUGGCUGGGCACAGAUUGGUGCUGGUGUUAGGAGAUCUGCACAUCCCACACCGCUGCAACAGUUUGCCGGCUAAAUUCAAAAAGCUGCUGGUACCAGGAAAGAUCCAGCAUAUUCUCUGCACUGGGAACCUUUGCACCAAAGAGAGUUAUGAUUAUCUCAAGACUCUGGCUGGUGAUGUUCACAUUGUGAGAGGAGACUUCGAUGAGAAUCUGAAUUAUCCAGAACAGAAAGUUGUGACUGUUGGACAGUUCAAAAUUGGUUUGAUCCAUGGACAUCAAGUUAUCCCAUGGGGAGAUAUGGCCAGCUUAGCCCUGUUGCAGAGGCAGUUUGAUGUGGACAUUCUUAUCUCAGGACACACACACAAAUUUGAAGCAUUUGAGCAUGAAAAUAAAUUCUACAUUAACCCAGGUUCUGCCACUGGAGCAUAUAAUGCCUUGGAAACAAACAUUAUUCCUUCAUUUGUGUUGAUGGAUAUCCAGGCUUCUACAGUGGUCACUUACGUGUACCAGCUCAUUGGAGAUGAUGUGAAAGUAGAACGAAUCGAAUACAAAAAGUCUUAAAGCUGGGCCUGUCUUGGUGAUAUUUCUAUUUUGUUUUCUUUGCAUUCCCUUGUUUAAAUCAAGUAAUUAAACAUUUAAAGCCACAAAUUGUACCAAUUUUAUAAUAGUUUGCAGUAAAAUGUAAUAUCUUCUAUGUUAAUACAUAAUUGCUAAAGCUUCGUGUAAGUGGUAAGAAUGUAUUUAGUUUACAGUAUAUGGUUUUCCUGAAAAAAUAUCUACCACAUAGUAAAUGAUCAACUGUUAAGAAAAAAAUCUAUUCUGGUAAAUAACUUCAAAUAUUUGGAACCUUAUUACGAAAGUAGUGCAUGAGGAGAAAGAAUCUAGAUGUUCUUGUAUACACUUUUCUCCAUUCAGGAAUAAACUUUUAUCUUCAAUUUAUACUCUUUUGAUAACUUGUUUUUAAUUUAAAAAACCAUAAAAACAAGACGAAAUGAAAUUGUAGGUAAGUAUUAAAAGUGACUGGGUAGAUGAGAAGAACUUUCAGA